UCUACUUACACAUUUCUCAUCUUCCUCCCCAUAAUUCACAGUUUUUGCGUUGGUAUGGAGAGUAAAAGUGACGCUUCUGUCGCCACCACUCCAAUCAUAUCUUCUUCCUCUUCUCCUCCACCAUCACUUUCACCGCGGGUAGUGCUUAGUCCAUGUGCUGCUUGCAAAAUCUUGAGGCGACGUUGUGCAGAGAGAUGCGUUUUGGCACCGUACUUCCCUCCAACGGAUCCGGCCAAGUUCACUAUUGCACACCGCGUCUUUGGAGCCAGCAACAUCAUUAAGUUCUUGCAGGAACUUCCAGAAUCACAAAGAACUGAUGCGGUCAACAGUAUGGUGUAUGAAGCCGAAGCUAGAAUAAGAGAUCCAGUGUAUGGAUGUGCAGGUGCCAUAUACCAUUUACAAAGACAAGUGAGUGAACUCCAAGCACAACUUGCAAAAGCUCAAGUGGAGAUGGUGAAUAUGCAAUUUCAAAGAUCAAAUUUACUAGAGCUGAUUUAUAACAUGGACCAACAACAGAAACAAGAACAAGAUAAUAUGUCCUUUGAGAGCAAUGAUUUGGGAUUCCUUGAAGACAAGUCCAACACCAACUCAUCAAUGUUGUGGUGGGAUCCUCUUUGGACAUGUUGAUCAUUACUAAGAUUUUGACUACUUCGCUUUAAGGCCCUCUCUAGAACUUUACUCAGGGUUAGUUAGCAUACACAAAUGUAACAUUGUACGGUGAAUAAAGAAAAGUAGAGGCGGC